AUGGAGCAUUCUCUAGGCCCUGCCUGUCGCCUUCGACCGACCCCGGACACGGACGCGGACGUCGACGCGGAUAAGGAAGAUGGAAUCCCCUCUGUCAAAGCUCAGUUCUUUUACACGGCCGUAUAUCCCAUCGAUGAUCCGCUGUCUGGCACUGCUCCCUCUAGCAGCGCGGAUUCUAAACCCUCAAAAGGACCCCUUCGCCCAUUCUCUCAAGACGACAAUGACAUGCUACAACAGGCGUGGCUUGGCCUCAUGUCAGAGAGCCUUCGUUCCCAACACGAAGCCAUCAGAAACGGCCGAGAGCCUGAUCCAUACGCUGCGAAAUCUGACACGGAGAGGCGCGACCAAAUCAUCCAGGAGCUAGCCUCAAAGCAUAUACACAUCCAUAGUGAUAACCAGACGCGGGGAUCAACAACUCAAGCCGCCGAGGCGCUUCCAGAAACUCUACUCACCGCCUGUUGCCCUCAGCUUGCCAUCGACACCCUAGCGGAGCUUGAUACGGCAUUUUGUGCAUUGGUGAGGAAGAUAAACCCGCUAUUCGAUGUCGAUGAGGUGGUAAAAGAUGUAAUUUCCGUCAUGAACCAACCCCAUGAACUUCGAAGUAUCCCAACCAGCCGUCGGCAUGUACCGAUACGACACCCUUUGUUAACUCGGGAAAGACACGGCGGCAUCCCAUCUGACCAUAUUUCUCCCUCAGAUGGUGCCACAUCAUCUCUUCAUGGUACUCCCGAAACUCGGAUUCGCCGCGAGCGUAGGACCACAGGAUAUGUUACUGCUAGUGACGAUGGGAUUUCUGGUAGACCGUUUGUUCGGAUCGAUGAUCAAAUCGAUGAUAAAAACCUUGAGGCGAACGACGAAAUCCUACCAGAACAGUCAACUGGGUUGGAGACAGUUGUUCCGAAUUCCGAGGACGAGGAUAAGGAUGUCGUAGUUGGACUGGCCCGAUUACACAAGGUGUCGUUGCAAACGCUGCAGAUGAAACCCAUAUACUGGUCCCCCGUUAACGAUAUUGCUAUUGUGACGAGGGGUACCUGGUUUUACAAAGAUACGAUGCUGCCGGUCCCGCCGGUUGUAGCUAAUCAGCUGGAAGCUGGGUAUCAGGAACUGCGCCCUUGGUCCGAAACUUGGCGUGAUGAAAUACGAUGUGCUAUUGAAGUUGGGGCUUCUGGAGAAGAAAAGGUUUCUUAUCGACUUUGGCCGAUGGAAGGCGAUGGAAAAUAUCGAAAUACCCCUGGCGAAGCUGCCACAGAAGGCCAUCUUGAGCCGCCCCAAGCAGACGACGGCACUUCCGAAAACAUUCAGCAACGCGCCUAUUCUAGCUACAAUGUCAUAUACAAAGAUCGAACACAUGCCUUUCUAUUAAAGCCAAGCCUCCAGCCAUCUGCAUAUUACGGUAGACGGCCCAUCCAAAAGAUUAUGAAGGGAACGAACGUCGGCAUUCCCGUUGUUCGGGGGUUCGAUAGACUCAGUUGGGAGCGUAUGCAUCGGGGGAAAAAAUCACAGCCCACGAGGUCUGCGUCUCAUGGCGCCUCUAGCAACGGCUCAUUAGAAACUUGUCCUGCUUGCGAAGCGGAUAAGGAUCGCAGUAAGGUGACUGACUUGGUGCUCGUAGCCCACGGAAUUGGUCAAAAGAUUGCCGAGAGGGUUGAGAGUUACCACUUCACGCACGCUGUCAACGGGUUUCGGAGAUUAGUUGACAGCGAAUUUCAGGGUCCCGUGGUGCAGGAGAUUCUACACAACAGCCAGAGCAGGCUCAUGGUUCUGCCGCUCAACUGGAGAAUAGGACUGUCUUUUGAAGACGGCGGAGCUCUUCAGACCGGAAUGGAGGCGGACAAGUCGAGCGCCGCUCAGCCUUUCGGCCUGAAGGACAUUGAGCCUAAUACAAUUCCCGCUAUACGGAGCAUGAUAUCCGAUGUCAUGUUUGAUAUCCCCUUCUAUAUGUCUCACCACAAGGGAAAGAUGAUUGCCGCUUUGGUGUCGGAGGCGAACCGAGUCUAUCGCCUUUGGUGUAGGAACAAUCCUGGGUUUGCUGAGAAUGGACGUGUCCAUCUGGUUGCACAUUCUCUCGGCAGCGUCAUGGCGGUUGAGGUUCUGUCACGACAGCCAACGGUUGCACCACAACUGGACCUAUCUCGCCUAGAGCCGGAGACCAAGUUCUUCGAGUUUGAUACGAAGAAUCUAUUCCUGAUGGGCAGUCCUACUGGAUUCUUCUUGUUACUUGAACGGGGGGCUCUUAUACCACGACGGGGGCGCGUCAAACCUGGCGUGGAUGCGAAUGAUGCCACGGAUGAAAACAUUGGUGGUGAGGUGGGCAUGUUUGGGUGCUUGGCUGUCGAUAACAUCUAUAAUAUUCUCGCCAAGGAAGAUCCGAUUGCCUACCUGCUCAACGGCGCAGUAGACCCGGGAUAUGCAGCCAGCCUCAGAACCGCAUAUGUUCCUACCGCUUCUGCUUCGUUUCUGAAGUCCAUUCGGGAUGCCAUGAGAAGUGUUGUGGGCGCCAACCCUGGUUCAUCGGUAACCGAUGACGGCCGUCCGUCCACCGUCCGCCUGCCCUCUCAGCUGGAGCUUGAAGUUCAUGAUUUCACGAGAGAGGAAAUUGCUGAGAAAAAGGCGUUUCUUCUCAAUGACAACGGCCAGAUUGACUGGUUCCUCAGAUCUGGCGGCGGUCCGUUGGAGAUUCAGUACCUUAACAUGCUGAGCGCUCAUAGCUCGUACUGGAGCAACACGGAUUUCAUUCGUAUGCUGUGUUUUGAGAUUGGUAGGCGGCCUGGUCGGACGAAUACAUUGCCUGCGAUGAGGGCUAUCAAGACUUCCAGGCGCCAGAUACCUACUGCUAGCUAA